AGGUGUGGUGCCGGUGAGAGCUGGGGAAGUGCCCAAGGACAUCAGAAUGGCAACAUACACACAUGGUCAGCCCAGUCUUUCUUUAGGAGAUACAGAAUUCAGAAGACCAAUGGUCAUCGAAAUCAUAGAAAAAAAAUUUGAAUAUCUUAGAAAAGAAAAGACGUUAAAUAUAUAUGGCACAGUGUUCUUUGGAACAGCAGCUAGUUUCUCUGGAAUAAUGGCCAACUUCAUUUUCAGACACUGCUUCAAGGUUAAACAUGAUGCUUUGAAGACAUAUGCAUCACUGACUACACUUCCAUUUUUGUCUACUGUAGUCACUUAUAAGCUCCUUGUAACAGACGCUUUAUAUUUGGGCAAUAUAAGCCAGGAAAAUUGUGUUCUGAGAAGUUCACUGAUUGGCAUAGUAUGUGGCGUUUUAUAUCCCUGUGGUUUGGCUUUUUCUAAAAAUGGACGCCUGGCAGUUAAGUAUCAUACUGUUCCACUGCCACCAAAAGGAAGGGUUUUACUUUACUGGCUGCUGCUUUGUCAAACAGAGAUAAAAGCUAUGAUGAUUCCUCUAGUCCUUCAGACGGUAUUUGGAAUAUUUAAUGGUCUACAGCAUUAUGCAAGAUUUGGAAGUACACUUGAGAAAACUGUACAUGAAGAUUAAUCAAAGAAUGAAUGGAUACUAAAUCAGCAGAAUGGGUUUUUUUUUAUGAUGAGGACUCAGGCAUUGCUGA